AUGAGUGCCAAGUCAUCACAUCGCGCGACGACUCAGCCAUCAGCAACAUCACGACCAAGUACACGAACGCCGAAACCACCAACAGAUUACGCGGAUCAGGAAGAAGAAUACAAACGAUUGAAUGCGCAAUUGGAAGCGAAAACCCAAGCACUUGUUGAAGAAGCAGAACAAGUGUUGAGAAAUCAAGAUCGAUUACUUUCUGCUGGUGCAGACAAUGAUCGAACAUAUAGUUUACUCGAUCAAGUCGAUACUGAUGAUCAAUUGUAUCGAGAUAUGCAAAGUGUAACAUCGAGACCAAUUGAUCACAGGAAAAGUUUACCAUCGGGGCAACAACCAAACCUAUCGGCCAGAACAAGAAAACCAUCGGCUACAAGACCUCAGUCAAAGAUAGGCAACGAUGUGGCACUUGUUAAUGACGACAAUGAUCGCUAUGAUCAGUCAAUCGAUCCGACUGCAAUUCAAGAUCGAGCGCGGAACACAUUCGAUAAAGCAAUAGCGGAUAUCGAGACAAAAAUGAAUCGAACUAAAAUGAGUACAAAUGCCAACGCUCUGGACGCAGACGAAGAUGAUAUCUUUCCUGCCGCAGCAAAAGACAUGGGUUCCGAGGCUAAAAUUCGUUUUUUGAAAGCACGUCUUCGCGUUAUGCAAGAAGAACUGGAUCGUAUGCACACUGAGUGUGCCAAGCGAGACGAAGAAAACGAACGUAUUAACUUGAAAGUCAAAGAAUCGGAUGACGAUCGAACACGCCUCAAUCGCGUCAUUACAACAUUACAAGAUCAACUAGAAAAGUACAAGAAGCUGAGCAACGAUACGAAAUCGAAACUCGACACUACUGAAGUUGAACUGACUUCCUUGCGGAAAGAAUACGAACAAAGUAAACGUCAAACUAAAAAACAACAACAGGAUCAAACACAAACCGAUACAAAACUGAAUCGUGCGUUAGAAGAAGCUGAGAGAUACAAACAGCAAUUAGCGAAGACGCAGCAAACAACAAAAGAUCUCAGCGAACAAGAUAAGAAGAAAAUCGAACAAUUAACGAGCGAAAAUCGCCGAUUAGAAAAGCAACGUCUCGAAUUGAUGAACGCUUUCAAAAGACAAUUGAAAUUAAUCGAUAUAUUAAAAAAACAAAAACUUCAUCUCGAAGCAUCGAAAAUGCUUCAAUUUGCCGAAGAAGAAUUUUGUAAAGCAAUCGAAUGGAACACCACAUCAUAA